UCGAGAGCCGAGAACAUAACCAACAAAACAACGUCGCUCUAUCCGGAUGAGAAAAGAGCUUGAGCUUGCAUGUUUAUUUGCCGGAUUUUGAAACUUUAUACUUAUAACUUUUUUGUUAAUAAUUUUCCUCGUGAACAUUUUAUAACUUGCGGUGCUGGAAACUUCCACAGCAUAGCUUAAGGGUUUAUUCCUAACCGGCACUGAAAUGGAGAAAAAACACAAAGUGAACGAGGGCGACUGGAUUUGCACGGAUUCUUCAUGUGGAAACCUAAACUUUGCCAGGCGAACCUCUUGCAAUCGAUGCAACAAAGAAAGAGAAGAUACCCUACAGCAGAAGAAAAAACAAUGCACUGAAAUAGGGAAAGCUGCAGCUGAAAAAAGCAAAGGGCUUUUCAGUGCUGAUGAUUGGCAGUGCAAUAAAUGUGGGAAUGUCAAUUGGGCUAGACGUAGUACAUGCAACAUGUGCAAUGCACCUAAAUUUGGUGAGAUAGAAGAGCGCACUGGCUAUGGAGGGGGCUACAAUGAGAGAGGUGUGGUCGAGUAUGUUAAGCGAGAAGAAUCUGAUGAUGAAUUUGACGAGUUUGGCCGUCGAAAAAAGAAGAAGCAAAGUAGCAAUGGUCAUCAAAAGUCUGAAAAAAGAGAGAACCCCAAAAGCACUAAGGCUCUUAAAGAUGAUGAGGAAGAGGAGGAAGAAGAUGAUGAGGACGAUGACGGGGAUUUGUCAAAAUAUGAUUUAAGUGAUUGGGGAGGGCCCAGUGCAUCCACAAGUAAAGGUCAGGAAAAUACAGAAAAAGAGAAAAAGACUACUACCAAGGAUGCUAAAUCCAAGCAAACCAAAAGAAAAUCACGAUCAAGUUCGAGAUCCAGGUCUAAUUCUCAGUCCAGAUCACAAUCCAGCUCCAGUUCAAGAUCAAGAUCGCAGUCCAAAUCUCGCUCACGAUCCAGAUCAGAUGAUUCCCGCUCAAGAUCAACAUCAACAUCUCACUCCAGAUCUCAUUCAGAUUCCCGCUCUUACAAACGCUCAAGGAAUCGUUCCAGGGAUCGCUCAUCUGAACGAUCUCGACGACGCUCUCGAGGACGCUCACACUCACGCUCUAGAUCUCGUUCUGGCAACCGCUCUUCAAAGAAAAGCUCCAGAUCUCAUUCUUCACAUAGCAGCGCUGGUUCUCACUCUCCCUCAAGAUCGAAGCACAGUUCUAGUGGGCGUAAAUAGAAGCAUCAUUGGCUUGGUAACUUUAAGGAGGCAUUAAGUUGAUAACUGUGACCCUUUUUAAAAUUAAAUAUGUUUGUGAUACCAGUCAUUUUUUUAUUGCAAGAGGUUGUCAAUCAACAAUUUUAUUUGGAGCACUGCAGUUGCCAAGGUUUUGUGCGUUUAGCAAAUUUUCUGGUAGUUGUGCUAAGUCUGACAGCAAAUACCUAGAAGUAAUUUUUCAUUUGAAUUGUCUGGUUUCUCAUCUUUCACUUUUUCUCCUUGUAUUUACUUCACUUAAUGUAAUCUUAUACUUUGGCCAGCAUCAUCCAGGAUGAGAAUGGGAGAGGAAAAAGUGUGUCAGUCUUUGGUACGCUAGAGCUUUUCAUUACCUACAUUGUUCUCCUUUUGCCAAGCAUUUAGUAUACAUAUAACACAUUUGUUGUUAAUGAACUCAACAGCAAAGCAGGAGUGUAACUUUCGGUAAUGUACGAUUUAUGAUUUAUGGUUCAUCUUGAAGGUUUCUCAAAUUAUUACGAAAUCCACAAGUACAUUAAACUUGAACAAAUACAACUUGAUUUUCCUUUCCGUUAAAAUGAAUUUGAAGAACCUAGUCAAUUUCUGUAAUUGUUGAAAGCGGUUUCAAUUCCAGGUUUUUUUUUUUUUAAAUAUAUGAAAGCAUGCUAUCAUUGAUUUGAUUUGUCACCACCUGUAAGCUACCUUCAUAUUUUAUCCAUCAAGUGGCUAUGUUAUUUUAUCACUUUGUUACAAAGUUGAAGGGAGCAGAAAUUGUGACUUCUAGACUGAGCCAAUCUUGCUGUCUUUAUGGACUCUACGUCUGGUUUUACCCUAAAAAUCAAACAUUAUAGACUCAUUGUUUUUAUAUUAUAUGUGUGUAAAUAUCAAGGUAUUAGAUGUUUAUGUACUGUACUAUUAGAUUAUCUGCUUGUUCAGUUUUAUUCUGUUUUCUGUACGAACACAUGGAACAUAAUGCUGUAUUUUCAUUUGUUUUCAGUAUCUAUACAUUUCUUUUUGUGUUUGGCACAGAAUACCGGUAGUUGAACAGAUUUGGGUACAAACCCCAAAAUUAGUUAGCAGUUACACAGUUGUUGUGGUGAUUUUACUUAAGAGAACCUUUAAUGAAUUGCAACUCAGUCUAUCAUUUCUAUGUGGAUAUCAAGUAAUUGACUAUUAAGAUUCCAAUGUGUGUAAAGAAACCUUUCUUUUCCUUUCUGACUACACAAUCAUUUUAAGCAGCCUCUUGCAUGAUAAUGCAGUUGAGGCGGUUUCUUGAAUAGAUCAUUUAUACUGUUUUCUAAAAUACUAAUGUGGACAAUCAAACUUCAAUAUUCUAUCUCUUGUUGUUACAAGAAAUAAUAUGUGACUCAAGAGUGUUGUAUAGUAAUUAAAGUAUCUAAAACCUGCAUGCAGCUUCACAUCAGGAUAUUAAUAUUCCAAUGUAAGUAUCUAUACCUUUUGCUUACGUAGUAUGAAGUUGAAGCUUAAAGCCAUUACAUACACAGCUUAAGUGCCAUGAAUCAGUCAUCUUAUCCAUGGGAAUGGGAUAUUCUAAGUUGUAUUGUUUGUAGUCCUUUUCUUUUUUUUUUCUUUUUUUUGUCGUUGCAUAUGUUUGUAUUCAACCUACUCUGUUACAUCACUUUACUGUAACUUUCAUACUGCAAUCAUUUGCCAAGUAAAUGUGGCAGUUUAUUGAAAGACAUUGGACCGCAAAUGUACCCAUUUUCUUCAUUUAGGUGUGUAUAGAAUGUUCAAACCUCCUAUGUACUUUGUAACUGUUUUGCUGAUGUUAUAACAAAAACACGCAAUUAAAUUGACAUUGGCAUGUUCAACAAA